AUGCGGCCCUCAGCGCCUCGGGCACGCCAUCACUCGGCGCUACGUGCACACCGCGCCACGGUUCGUCUGCAACCGCCAUAUACUCUCUCAUUAUGCACCUCCUCACGCGCGCCUCGGUUGUGCGAUAGCAAGACUCGACAGAGCUGGCCUGUCGCGAGUCGCUUGGGCAGUCGGCGUUCGCGCAGAAGAUUCGGUUCUGGAGAAGGACCAGGAGAGGUCGACACAGUCAUAUGCGUGCCAUGCACAUCCAGGGUGCUGACGUACGGCGAUCGCCCUAACCUUGACUCCCCGCCACUCUCCUCCACACCCUCGUCCGUCUCGUGCUCAGCGCUGUGCUCGCUACUUAGCUCGGGCGCUAACUUCGACGCUCGCUCGCCCGAGAUAUACAACCACCCCGGCGGCACUGGCGCUCACCUCCUUGCAUGCCCUGUAUGA